CGUUGGAAUUGGAUUGCGGCUGAAAGCUCUCAGACGCUGACCUUACUCGCCUCGGUUGUACGCACAAGAACACCGUUGAUACUCGGCUGCGGCUAUUCGUUCUUCGUCGGGCUGUUCACGCUCAUGGGCUGCACGAGGGAGGUCGUUGGAAAUUUGUACGAGAGGGAGAGGAGGAUCUCCCAACAUUGGCCUCACUGCUCAGACAUGAACAGAGUUGCUAUUAAUUUCGAGAAGGGCUCGACCUCGCUGCUCAGGCGCAAAAAGUGGUUGUUGCUACUUGAUGGUAAUCAGAACCCGCUCGGGUUAUUCUUGGAAAGGACGAGAACAAAUGUUGCUCCCCUAAAUAGGUCACCGACAAAAGGGUUGCGCCUGCUCGCU